UCCACCUAGCUUGCUGCUAUGAAGAAAAAUGUAUCCACCCAUUGUGCACACAAGGAAGACCUGAUGAUAUGGAUGAGUCUAUGCUGUGGUUUCCUGGUGGGCCACCUCUCACCUUCCUGCCUUUCCCCAUGCCUGACGGAGACAGAAGACCGGGAAGCUGUCCAGACCAUGAGUGCUGUGGUGGUCACUUCCUCCCACCAAGCGAAGUCAUUGAAAAAAGGCUUAAGGGAGUCGAGUUGCCACCCUCUGACGUUUUACAGAGGGCACAUACAGAUGGCAGUACAGAUGCAGCCCUACUUAGUAAAGAGUGUACUUUACCAGUGGGAGAGGUUAACAUUUGGUUGGAGCACCUCAACAAUGUCGCUGCAAACAGAGAAAGGGGCCAGGCAAAGGCUGCAGAGACACGGUCUCUGAAAAAGAAAGAGUUGAGGACAGAGACAACUCCUGGUGGUGCUGCCACAUCGACUGCGACUACCCAUAGAAGUUCCGCUAGGAGCCCAAACCAUAGCCAGGCUCAGAGUGCACCAGACAAUAUCAUGGUAGAUGUUUCGAGGUUUGGACGGAGGAGGGUACCAAAAAGAUUUGAUGAAUAUAUUAUGUAAAAACAAUAAAAAUAAAAAUAAAAAAUGAAGUUCACAAU